AUGGCUAAUAGAUUACGUCAACAUUUCACUCAUCAAUUUUCGUGUAGUUUAAAGAAACCUAUACCUAAUUUAUAUUCAAGAUAUCUAUAUCAGUACAAAUUAAAAAAACAAAAUAAACUAUUAACCGCUGCAGCUAUUGAUGCAUGUAAUUUAAAACCUGGUGAUGAUGUAUUAGAAAUUGGAUUUGGGCAAGGUUAUGGUAUUAGAUUAGCUGCUGAAUGCGUUGCUCCUGUUACAAUGAACCAUUGGAAAUCUUCACGAAUUAAAUUUAUACUAGAAAAUGCUUUUUCAACAUCAACUAUUAAAUCCAAUACAUUCAAAAAUGAUGGUCAUGUUUAUGGUGUUGAAAUUUCUGAAUAUAUGCUACAAAAAGCAAAAAGGAAAUUAUGGCCUCUUACUAAAACUGAUUGCAUUGACUUACAAUUAAGAAGUGUAUAUCAUCUGCAUUAUCCACCUUCCUCAAUCAAUGCUUGUUUUCAUGUGAAUUGUUUUUACUUCUGGCCUUCGUUAACGUGUUGCUUACAAAAAAUUUGGAGAGUUCUACGUCCUAAUGGACGUCUUGUAACUACUUUUCAAAUAAAUCAAUUAAUUGAUUUACAUCAACGUGGAUGGUUUCAAUAUGGUAAUCCUGAUCCCUUAAUUUAUGUGAUGGCAUUAGAAACAUGUGGAUUUAAUCAAAUUGAAUGGUUAAAACAACAAACAAAAUUCAAUUUAAAUGAAACAUAUGAUUGUAUUAUCGCUCACAAACCACCCAUUCCAUUAUUAAGUGCUUCAAUCUCUUAGUAUGUAUAUUUCCUCAACGUUUCCUGUUACUUUUUUUUCAUAUCAUAAUUUAUGCAUUAUGUAUAUACAUAUAUAGGCUUG